UAUAUGUAUAGUAGUAAUAAUACCAUAGUAGUAGUACAAUACUAUAGCACAGUAAAUACCGUUACUAUACCUUACAUAAGUAUAGUAAUCUUAUUUACAAGUAAUUUAAACCUUAAAUUUAUCAUUUAAUGGCUUAAUUUGGCAAAUGUGUAAGAAUGAGUCAGCCCUACCAAUCCCUUACCAACACUCAAAAUAAUUCUAAUAUUGUUAAGAUAAUGACACAAAUGGACUAUAGAGCUGAGAUAAUCAAUGGUAAGCCUGUUCUAUACCGUAGAACCAACAAUAGAUCAGAUUGGGACGACAUAACUCACACUCUCUACAGUUUGGAUGAAUUAGAAUUCUACGAUUUGGAGUUGAAUUACGCAAAAUUCACAGAAUUGUUGAGAAAGUUACGAGGUCUCAUUUAUACAAUAAAGUUGGGUCCAAAGUGUUAUCACGUCAAGUUUGGUGACAAGUUGGUGUGGUCCUACUGUGCAGACCCUUUCAGGAGAUUACCAUUUGAAUUAUUAUUUAAUUUGGAGAAUAAUACCAUGAAUUUACUAUUCAGUGAUGGGACAAUCAGAGGUUUAAACAUGGAAGGAUAUGACACCGACUGGCCAGAACCUGGCAAACCACUCACCAAACUCAAUGAUACAAAGUUAUUAACACAUGAGAAAUUGAAUGUAUUCCUGUUCAGCCAGGAGAAAAGAUGUUAUAAACUGGAAAUCUGUGAUAAAAUCAUUUGGAAACAUGAGGAAAACAGGCCGUUUCCCCUCUCUUGCAUAGUUGAAAAUGAUACUUUUACACUUGUUUUCCCAAUCAAUACGCCGUACAUUACACACAACGGAGCCACAAACGAUACCUUCACUUUCUCCUUCAAACCUUAAAUUUAUCACACAACAUAUGCAGUAAUAUUGUAUAUAAU